UUUUACUCAAAACAUUAAUUUUUUUUGUAACAUUUCGGACAACACAGUUUGGGCUACGCUUACGAUGGUAUCGAUGCUUAGCUGUCAGUCGAUAUUUUAACAGCUGAUUUUUAAAAACUUUGUUUGCAACAAGUUUUUUCUUAUCUAUUAUUUGCAAGCUCUGACAACAUGCAGCAGUUUUAUGGAAAAUUACCGAACAGACAACUGUAUAAUGCAGUGCAGAAAAGCAUGCAGCUGUGCCUGCCACACAACCUGCGGCAUGGGACAGUUAUACAACAGCAACAACAACGUCAAUUUGCCCAGAGCGGUGCCAUUCAGAUGGCCUUUGAUAAGUUCGAGGGCUCCAAUGUGGAUACUGGCCUAACGCCAGUUAUUACCAUGCAUGGCAUGUUUGGUUCCAAGCAGAACUGGCGUGGACUAAGUCGCGCGCUAACCCAGAAGACAAAAAGAAGCAUCUAUGCUGUGGAUGCACGCAAUCACGGCGCUAGUCCACACACCACUGUACAUGAUACGAAGCACAUGUCGGCGGAUAUAUUGCACUUAAUGAAAGAAAAUUCUAUAAGCAAAACGUGCAUCAUGGGCCACAGCAUGGGCGGACGCACAGCUAUGCAUUUUGCACUAUCCUAUCCGGAGCUAACGGAGCGUCUAAUAGUGUUGGAUAUUUCGCCAGUGUCCAUACCCAAAGAUUUUAGCGAAAUGACGGAUAUAUUUGAUGCCAUGCUGAACAUUGAUGUGUCGCCCGAUCUGCCGCUAUCUGAAGGACGCAAACAGGUCAAAGAGCAGCUGUCGAAGCGCAUACACAAGGAGACAGUAGACUUUAUAAUGCUAAAUCUACGCAAGCAUCCAGAGACGGGAGCCUUCAGCUGGGCCUGCAAUGUGGAGCUGCUACGCAAUAGUCUCACCGGAUUUGGACACUAUGAGUCUGUAAUUAAGAAUCUAAAGCCUUACAAGGGACCCACAACAUUUAUUUGCGGCAUACGCUCCAAGUAUAUGACACCCGAUGAGUGGCCACAGGUGAAACAAUUCUUUCCAAAUGCAACGCUGCAUUGGCUCUACACUGGACACUUGGUGCAUGUGGAGGCGCCAGAAGAGUUUUUAGGACUUGUUACCAAUUUCCUAAACGAAUAGAAACUGACAAAUUUUAUUGUUAAACACAAAUUAGAAUGAGAUAGCAAUAUACAUAUAAAGUUAAAGUUUCAGUUUUUUUAUUCGGUCUUCAUCAAAUGGAAAAUCAAAAUCAGUAAAAAAUGAAUCGAAGCGUUUUCGUUUGUUUCAAAUAAAUUGCUAAUGCGGCAUUUGUUUCAAAAGUACGCUGCAUGUUUCUGUGUAUAUAUGUAUAUGUAUGUGUGUGUAUGUGUA